AUGUUAAAAUCACCUGGUCCUGUACCUGAUUUCCAGCAUGAGGGCGAGGGCUCCGAGCUAGAUGAGGACCCCGAAGAUUUGUUUGAAAGCUUUCUCGGACACCUCUUCCCCGAUGAUACCGCUGCUUGGCACAGAGACCCCGGCCAGCACAUUCUCUACUCCUCCCCGCACUAUGGCGACCUGCAGAUUGUCAUCCCGUCCUACCCCGAGCAGAGCGACAAGUCCACGGAGAGUGUGACUGGACAAGAAGAAGAUAAAAAGGAAGAUAGCACAAACCAGGUCGAGGCUAGUCGCAAACCAUUUGCGCAUAUCCUUUGGAGCGCGGCGUUGGUGGUCGCAGAAGGCGCCGCUCUCCCUUCACUCAUAUGUGCCCUCGCCAAGGCAUCCAAAGUUACAAGUACCGAUCACCCGUCAUCGCCCGCGCUCGCAGGCUCAAUCGCGUACAAUAUGAGCCAUAAUCUGAGAAACACACAACGACCCCAUCGACAGAGCUGUCAAUUCAACCACAUGAAUGGGGGCGGAUUCACACGAAUGAUUGCUGCCGACUGUGUCUGGAUGCCCUGGCAGCACGAGAACCUCGUGCGCACCAUGAAUUGGUUUUUGGCACUCGGAGGCAAAGUAUGGGCGGUGGUGACUGGAUUCUAUACGGGCCGUGAGGUUGUUGCUGGAUUCCUUGAUCUGGCUGUUGAGAGCGGGUUGGAGAUUGAGCAAAUCUUUGAGCGGGAUCUCGUUGAGUGUCACGAGGAUGGCAGGGAAAUCCGGAGGGAGUGGGAUCCCAAGCGGGAAGGUGAUAGCAUAGACAAUCGGAGGAGAUGGGGUUUGGUUGCAGUCUUGAAGCGGAAAGAAUAG